GCUCCCUCUCGCUCCAACGACGAUCGCGACCGCUCGGUUCUCGGCUCAGAAACAGGGUUUUUACUUGGGCUCUGCCGACAAGAGGUACCAGGGCCAGAGUUAGAAGGAGCUUUCGCUUGUCGAGCGAAAGAUGGAGGGUGGAGCUUCUGGUUCCGGCGAAGGGUACAUGCCUCCUCCAGAAUUCGUGGAAGAUGCGAAAGAGGCUCUGGUCGAUCUCGAUACUUCAGACUCCACUGAACUUUGGCUCAUUCAGUGGCCUAGCGAUAUGCCUGUGGAUUUCGACGGCCAAGAACUCACGCUCAAGCUUCAUCGUGACGGAAAAUUGGGAACUUUUGAGGGUUCAUCUGGCAAGGAAUAUGAUGUGGUUAGUUAUGCUUCUCAAAAGCCCGAUGCAACCGUUUUCAUGUCCUCUUCCUCAGGUUCAAGAAUUGUUGGGAAGAUUUCAAGAAGAGUCUCCCUAGUCCACUACCCAGAUCCUAACGAGCUCGAGAAACUCUCUUCCGAUAAUUCAAAACCAUUGUAUCAUAAACCAUUUGGAUCGUCAGUUGCAAAUAUCUCCCAUCCAUUUUCUUCUGUGACACCAAAUAGUAAGCUGAGAAGCUCGCGCGCAUCCAGAGCUAACGCAGCCUCCGCUCGUAGCAGUCGGCAGAAAAGUGGAAUAUCUUAUGCUGGAGAGACAUCAAAACCUCACAAGAGGAGACAUCCUCAUGAAUCCACUGACUCCUUGGGUUUGCGGAAUAGUGUUCAAGACUCUGGGCGAGAACGUAGCUGUGCAACAACUGCAGAGUUGUCAGAGCAGUCGUGAGAUCACAGUGCAGCUGCUUUAUCACUGUCGAUGGAACAUUCUCACGGGAAAUCAAAGAGCAGGACGAAAAUUGAUUAGUGAAUUGUUUGUGUUUGCUUAUGGAGCAUAGUGUCUGAAUUCCAGUGGGGUUAUGUUCAUUAAUAUAGGUUGCUUUCUUUUUACUGCUUCACGAGUUCAGUAGAUCUUUUCAUUAGGAGCCUUCUUGGAGCCAACGUUCAUGGGAAGGAUUGAAAUUUUGGUCCUUGUUA